AUGAUUGCUGCCCUUGACCUGGGCCCAGUCUGUCUGCCUGCCUGUCUGUCUGCCUGCCUGCCUGCCUGCCUGCCUGCCUGCCUGCCUGCCUGCCUGCCUGCCUGCCUGCCUGUCUGCCUCCAUCAACUCCCAGACCAUCUCAGCCGUCUCUGCUGUCUCGCCCUCCUCCACAUUGUUCUCGCCACUCGUUCUGCCACUGUCACUGCUACACUUGCACCUGCAACCCUCUGCCCCCCACCUUCCCUUCCCCUUCUGCUCUCUGCCUUGCAACCCUCCCUCCCGUCUCUCGACCACACUCGAACCAUGACGGAGCAGGAUGAAGUUGCAAGCAGAGUGCUCCGCCGGGCCCAGGUGUCAAAAAUGACACGCACGCUGCAGAACCGUCUGGCGUUGGCCAAUGUCAAGAUCAAGAAUGGCUGGGAGAGCCUCAGUCUGGACGCCAUCGAGCCCGUCGUCGAUGUCGAGCUCAAACGCAAACGUCCAGGCUCCAGCAACGAGACCAUGUCUGAGGCAUCCAGCGUCUCUGAGCGCUUCUACCAGCCCAGCGUCCUCGACUCAUCACCGCUCGCUGCCCCCAUCUUCUCCGACGACCUUCGACGCUCGCUGAGCCGCUCGGGCAGCAGUCACAGCCAGAAUAAGCGGCCUCGUUUCGACCGCUCGAGAUGCCCUGCAUCCAGCAACCACAGACGCACCAAGGUCAGGACUUCCACUACAGCCGCCACAUCGUGGAAAAACAGCUUUCAGCUGCCAGAGUCGUCGCCUGUAUACCAUCGCCGCCACGCUCGUUUUGGCCGCCAACAUGUGCCCAGCCUGUCGUUUGUCUCCGAGACGUCCACCGUCGCCGACGGUCACUCCCCGCUGCUCUCCGAAGACGAUGACGAAGACCUUCCCAUCACCUCGUUUGCCAUGAACAAGUCCUUUUCGAUGAGCAAGCCAAACUUUCAAUCGUCACCGCCACGCGCACCACGCACACCCCCUCCCGAUGUCGCUCGCUCAGCACGACUACGCCAACGCGGCUUUACUGCGGCCGGUGCAGCACGGGAAGGGAAGACUGGUGACGACGAUGCAAACCUGCUCAUGUAUCUGGCUACAUCGCCGACACCUGUCCGCGCUGGCACGUCAAAGACACAGAGAAUGGCUCCGUCUACCCCUCCCCCCAAGGCCACUCCUCUUCCGUCAUCGAUGAUGGGCACACCCGGUGGCGGAGGCCCCUUUCCAGGAUUCGGCCUAACAACCCCAUCCGCGAAUCUAAACUUUGCCGAGUUCCUGAACAUGACACCCAGCCCAGCUCAAGCCAACAAUGCAUCAUGGAAUAGGACACCUGUUGUCAGCAGAACACCCGCUGCCGUUCGAGAGGCUAGGCGCCAUUUGAACUUUGACAGCAUCGUCCCACCAAGUGCAGACAGUGUCCACAUGGGUGCAAGAAUUGGCAAGGUGGACGGCCUUGGCAUGGAGCUGGGGGAUUUACGCCGUUCCCUUUUUUCUUUGUUCCACGGUCCAAAAGCAUGGCGUCAUGAAGGGUCCCCCUUGGAUACCAUUGUUCAUGCUGUUGGGCAAGCUGGCCUGCAGCCAUCUAUUGUUGGAAAAAACUGGAUGGCAACCAAUUGCUCCACAACCGUUAUGCUCGUCCCGCGACGGCAAGACUGA